AUGUCAUCUUCGACCAACAAAAAUGUACAAAACGAUACUCCCCUUUCCUCGUCCGGAGAAAGCGCAAAUAAUACCCUGUCCCUUCCAGUCCAAACACCUUUCACCACAGGAGGCCUCCAACAUCAAAAUGAAACCUCCAGUCCAACCCAAGCUCUUCCUUUCAACACAAAUUCCACCACCAGCGACAAUUUCCAGCACGAAAAUCAACUCAUCCAUGCACAGGAACUCGGGUGGGGUACACCACUAGAGAGACAUCGGGUCAUAGCCCAGUUGUAUGCGAAUGAAAGACAGCGAGUUCGCGUGGAGCAACGUGCUGCAGAUUUGAAAGAGGAACUUGAUGUUGAGAGGAAGAAAACUGAUAAGCUCCGGGCGGAUUUGAGAAAGCUUGAGAUAUUAUUUAUUCGACUGAAGGAAAUUGUCAGAGGGUUGAGUGGAGUGCUAUGGUGA